AUGAGAUUCUCUGCAGUUGGCCUCGUGGCUGUCGCACUUCCAUCGCUCGCCAUGGCGUCAUGGUCCCCCCUGUCCCUUUUCCAGAGAAACGUUCAGAAGAGAACUCUAGACCCAGCUACGUCCAACACCAAGGGUACAUGCCCCGGCAAAUACAACUGCUCCGCUUCCAAAGUCUCCAAAGCCAUUCAGGCAGCGGAAUGCUCCCACAAUACUAGAACCUCCGGUCAGACCUUUGCCGUCUUUGUGACCGACCACCAAUACGACUCAUCACACGGAGCGCCGUAUGGAACAUGUAGCGCAUACAGCUGUGCGGUGCCCACGAGUGCGGAGAUGACAGACUCAAAUGAGGAUUGCUGGACCUUUUUCUGGGAUGGCAGUGGUGAGAGUGAUGGCGAUGGUGCUGGGUGCAUCCGAUCACCGGAUGACGGUACUUGCGGCUGCGAGAACUCGGAUGGAACUUUCGUUCCUGGCGGCUCAGACUGCACAUAG